AGUACCGUUAGAGUUGCCAUACCUGUUGCGCGGGAAAAACCGCGAAAAUGCUCGGUAUGAUUGAUGAAUGAACAAAUCUGCAAAAAUAUGGAAUUUACUGAAUUGUUCAAUGGACAAUCAACAAUUUUUUCUCCCAACGGAAGGUUUCUUGCUUGUAUAUGUGCUGAUUGUGUUGAAGUGAGAUAUGCUGACACUUUAUUGAAAGCUUUUAAAUUCGAAUGUGCUGAUAUUGUCAAGGUCAUUAAAUGGUCAGGGGACUCGGCUUUGUUGCUGUGUCAGGGCCCAUUUACCAUCAAAAUAUUUAGCGUCGUAAGUGGCUCAAAUAUAGCAGUGCUUAAACAGCCGCUGGGACACUUGAACCAAAUUUCAUGGGUGGCUGACAGUAGAACUGUACUAUUUUCAGAACCCUUCUUGUUUCGUAUGGCUGUGUGGAAAAUUAAUGUUCAGUAUGGCCAGACUAUAGAGUAUAUAAAUAAUGUACAGCCAUGGGCAAAACCAAAUGCAGCACUUAGUCCUAAUGGGAAACAUCUUGCUGUGAUUGCAUGUAAAGUUGAUAAUGAUAUGGACACCAAACCAGAAAUAGGUUCUUUGCAAAACCCUGCCAAUAAGGAAAGUGCUGACGAAUUAGUACUUUACUCUUCUAUAUCGUGGAGGAAGGAGAUUACAAUUAACUGCAAUGGCAUUCAUCGAAUAAAUGGAGUAGCUUGGAGCCCUAACAGUAGUAUUGUUGUUGUUUGGCCAAGUGAUCCUCAGCAGCCCGUGCUCUUCCUUAGCACUCACACUGGUUUCAUAAUUGGCAAAUGGCAGUCGCCAGAUAAAUUGUGGGCAGGUGUAUUAGGAGUAGAAUUUUCACCUUCAUCACAGUUUUUAACUGUUGUUGGACUAAACAGUAAAGUGCAUAUGAUAAAUUGCAUUGCUUGGUGUGAAGAAUUGGAAUUGAUCCAUCACACUUCUGUUUGUAGUUCAGAAUGUGAAGUAUACCAAGAAGCACCAGGCGAUUAUCUUAAAAACUCAUAUUUUGUUAAGGUAAGGGAACGACCAGUCAGCAUAUCAUUCUUGUCCCAGCUAGGAAAAUUGAGUAGUUCAAAAGUUGUUUGGAGCAGUGGAGGUCGUUAUCUAGCAUCUUGUCUAGCUCGAGCCCCAGCUGUUAUUUGGAUCUGGAGUUGUGCUCUUUUAUUCAAGUUAUGUUGCGUUAUUGUGACAAAACACCCAGUCACAGAUUUUAAGUGGGAUCCUGUCCAAAAUAUACUAGCCAUAGUUGAUGGCCAGGACUGUGUCGCUCUGUGGAAUGCAGAUGAGAAAAUUUUAAGGAGCUUGUCUGUUUGCACCCCCGUGUCUCGGUUGCUGUUUCAAGCGCGUCAUCUGCACUGGCGACACGAUGGCAAGGUAAUGGUUGCAUCAUCAGAACAAAACUCUACCAUACUGGAGCUGUCAUCUCAUGAUCAAUAAACCAUCGUCACAGUCAAA